AUGAAUAAAUAGGUUUUAUCGUUUAUUACUAAAAAUCAAAGCAAAUUCAGCUACAUUCAUUUAUUAGAUAAUAUCCUUAAUAUUCAACCUAUUAAUAAUCAGCAAUUUUUGCUUUUACAAAACAAUAAAUUGAAUUUAUUAAGCCUACCAGCUCAAUUAUAAGAAAUUAUUGAUUUUAAUUCUGAGAUCUAAUUUUUGGAUUGUAUUAUUUAAGAAACUCACAUUCUUUACUUUCUAUAAUCGUUGCAAAGUAAUUCAAUUAGUUAGAGUAGAUUAUAAUAUAUUGUUCUUAAUAUACAAUACAAAUGAAUAGAAACUUAAAGUAUUUGAGAGAGAAUCAAAAGAAAGUUUAUCCAAAAUCAAAAUAUUUUAAAUCAUAGAUUCUGAGUAGUUGAUAUACAGUGGAAUUAUGAUUAAAAAUGAAUAAGUAUGCUUACUAAAUCAAGGUAGAAACAAUCCAUUUUGUCUUAGGAUUAAUGAACUUGACCAUGGAUAUCUGCAGUGAAAUAUAAAACCCUAUAGAUAUAUAUAGAAUAAAUGAUUCAUAAUAUCUAUUAUUAAGCAAGAAUACACUAUACUAAAUCAAUAAAUAAAUGGAAAUCUAAUAAAUAAACUUACCGAUUUAAAUGAAUUCAAUUCCUUAGUUAUUAAGUAUCUAAAAUUAACAUUACAUCCUAUAAAAUAGAAUACUUAUAUAAUUCAACGAAAUAUCAUAUACACAAUAUGAGAAUUCUAUUGAUGGUAUUACUCUCUAUGAUAAUAAUUUGUAUGUUUAUUUUUAUAAUGAUCAACAUCAAUUGUGUGUAUCAAAUUUUGAAGGCAAGAUUGUUUUAAAAUUGGAUUUUCAUAAAAAAGUAUGUUAAUUGAAUAUUGUUAAUCUUAAUACAUUAUUAAUAAUUGAUGAACAAGGUUCCGGGUAUAUAGUAUUUUAACCGGAUUACAAAUAAAUUUUAGAAUAAUAUUUUAAAUUAGAUGAUAUCAGUAAUGAUGAAUAAUAAUAAAUGAAAUAAUAAAUUUAGUAAUAAUAAUAAAAGUAGUAUCAAGUUCAACAAUUUAAAUAAUAAUUCACUUAGGAAUAUUUGUUUAAUCUUAAUAAAACUUUAAGAUAUAGAUAGAAUAUAGAUGAUAUGAUUAGUUUUAGUCUUAAGUAUAGUUAUAUUUAAUUGUUAUUAUUGAUGUGUGCAAGGAUAAGAGUAUUUAGAGAGUUUUUUAUACACAUUUAGAAGAUGUCUGAGAAUGGAAAUGAAUAGGAAUUGAGGAAAUUGUUGGAAAUGUAGAAGAUUAAGAAAUGUGAAUGUAUUGAAAAUGAGUAAAUAAUGGAGGAAUUGAUUGAAGAAUGUUUAAAAUAUAAGGAUAAGAGAAUUUUUAUUUAUUUUCAAAAAUUCUUUAUAGAGAAUCCAUAAUUUGUAAAUGAUCAUUAUUAUUGUGAAAUAUUAUAAUGUGAAAUCAAUAGGGAACUCUAUUAAAAGGCAUAAUUGGAGAUGCCUAUCAUUCCAAAUUUUGCAUUUAAAAGAGUGACUAAUUAUAUAUUAUUUUUAUAAAAGGCUAAGACUGUAUUCAUCUAAGAUUUGUUUAUAAAGAAGGAGAAACAAUUGCAAUUGUAAUAAAAAUGUUAAUAUAUUUAUAUAGAGUAAAGAAAGGAAUGAUAGGGAAUGCAAUGUAAUGUUAUGAAUGUUUGAAACCAAUAUCAUUUUCUGUUUAGAAGAAACGCUAAUAGCCAUAAGAGAAUAAGAUAGUGAAAUAUAUGGAUUGUUAUCAUGCAAUACAUAAAUAAUGUGUGAAGAUGUAGCAUGAUUGUAAUUAUGAGAAUAAUAAAAAAUUGUUUUAAUUUUGA